GAUGAUAAAUAAACACCCGGGUGAGAUGUCACCCCUUAUUUCAAGGAUGCCACCAGGGACUCCUCCUCCCAGAUCUCCAAGGCAUACAGAGAAUGGGCUCAAGAGAAACGAUACUACAGAUUUCAGUCGAUCACAACCACUUUUGCUUUCAACCCAAAUGGAUACAAAAAACUUCAGUGAUGACAGAAAACCUGAAGAUAUUGAUACACCGCAAACAACACAGACUGUGUUCCCAUGUAGCUGGCAAGCUCGAAAACUGGCAUUAGCCAGCAAUACAAGAAAGCCAAUUAAAAAACUUCUGUUUAAAGCUGUCUCUGAAGGGGACACUGAGAUGGUAACAGAACUCCUCGCAGAAGCAAAGUCCUAUUCUAUGGUGUUUGCAAAGACACAGGCCAAAGAUUUCUUAAUUCAUAAAUUAACCUCAAAGGACACUGGAAAAACCUGCCUGAUGAAGGCCUUAUUAAAUAUAAACGAGAUGACACCCGAGAUUGUGCGCAUUCUUCUUACAUUUGCUGAAGAAAAUGACAUUUUGCAGCCAUUGGUUAAUGCAGAGUACACAGAAGAGAAUUAUAGGGGCCAGACUGCAUUAAAUAUUGCCAUUGAAAGACGACAGCUUGAGCUGGUAAAGUACCUGAUUGAAAAAGGUGCAGGGAUUGAUGUACGGGCUCAGGGACGAUUCUUUAAUCCAAAGAACAAAUAUGAAGGAUUUUAUUUUGGUGAAACGCCAUUGGCCCUGGCUGCGUGCACAAAUCAACCUGAUAUAGUGCAGCUUAUAAUGGAUAAAUGCCCAACUAUUGGCACCAUGCAGGACUCUCUGGGAAACACAGUGCUUCAUGCUUUGGUCAUCGUGGCGGACAAUUCCGAAGCACAAAAUGACUUUAUUAUACGGAUGUAUGAUACAAUCCUUAGAAACUGUAAAAACAAAUCCUUAGAACAGAUUCCUAAUAAUGAAGGUCUCACGUCAAUGCAGCUAGCGGCAAAAUUGGGGAAAACAGAGAUCCUUCAUUCUAUUCUAAGUCGGGAAAUCAAAGAGAAAGAAAACAUGGUCCUCUCUCGCAAGUUCACUGACUGGGCUUAUGGACCUGUCUCUUCCUCUCUGUAUGAUUUAACAGGCAUAGAUACCUGCUGGCCAAACUCUGUACUGGAAAUUGCUGUUUAUAAUACAAAGAUCAAUAACCGUCAAGAGCUGUUGACUUUGGAACCACUGCACACACUGCUACAAAUGAAAUGGAAAAAGUUUGCAAGAUAUAUGUUCUUUAUGUCUUUCCUGCUAUCCUUCACCUACAAUAUUGUCCUGACUCUUGUGUCUUAUUACAGGCCACGUGAAGAACAGGAUCGAUAUCCAUUGAAUCUGUCAUAUGAAAAUGGAUGGAUACAAUUAAUUGGACAAAUGUUUAUAAUUGUUUGUGCCACGUACAUGAUGGUGAAAGAGGCUGUUGUCAUUUUUUUGGUCAAGCAGUCUGAUCUAAAAUCUGUUCUGUCGGAUGCCUGGUUCCAUAUCCUUUUUUUUAUACAAGCAGUCCUGGUUAUAGUGUCAGUUUUCUGUUAUUUAUUUGGGGUGACUAUUUAUCUUGUAUUCCUCGUCUUGGCUAUGGCACUUGGAUGGCUGAAUUUACUUUAUUAUACAAGAGGAUUUCAGUCCUUAGGAAUAUACAGUGUUAUGAUCCAAAAGGUUAUCUUAAACGAUGUGCUGAAAUUCUUGUUUGUAUACAUUCUAUUUCUGCUUGGAUUUGGAGUGGCACUUGCAUCAUUACUUGAAGACUGCAAAGAUGGGGAACAAUGUCAAAGUUUAAGCACGACCAUAAUGGAACUGUUUGAACUCACCAUAGGAUUAAGAGGCCUGGAAAUGGAUAAUGAGCCAAAAUAUCCGGCCCUGUUCCUUCUUCUUCUCAUAACAUUUGUGAUACUUACAUUUGUGCUUCUUUUAAACAUGCUGAUUGCCCUGAUGGGUGAGACUGUUGAAAAGAUAUCACAGGAAAGCGAACACAUCUGGCGACUUCAGAGGGCCCGAACAAUUUUAGAAUUUGAAAAAAACUUACCAACAUGGCUGCAGAGCAGAUUUCAGCUUGGAGAAUCAUGCACAGUCUCCAAGGGUGACAACAACAGGAUCUGCUUAAGAAUAAAUGAAGUCAAAUGGACUGAAUGGAACAACCAUGUUACCUGCAUAAAUGAAGAACCUGGGUUAAUGUUUGUUGCUGAUACCAAAGAAACAAACACAGCAAGUGAAGAUGAACUUGAUAGUUUUGAGAAAUUUCCAGGAAUUUCAAUUAGCAUUGGAGACCUGGAGGAUCAAGUGAUGGAGACUGCCGUUUAAUCACCCUCUUAUGAAUUUUCUAGACUGUGAAAGCUGAUGACUGAUGUCAUAUGUUGCCUUAUGGUCUCACUCAAAAAUCUAUGCUGUUAUUUUUUUAAAUAACCAAACCUUUACUGUGAAUAUGUCUUUCAACCAGAUCUAUGGCAAAGUAUGUUGCUAAAUUGCAUAUAAUACCCAAGCAGAGAAGUUCUUGGACACCGGUGUGACUGUAGCCUUAAUGUUUCUAGUACAGGUAUGGGACCUGUUAUCCAGAAUGCUCGAGACCUGGGUCUCCGGAUAAGGG